UCUAACUAUAUAAAUGUAGGGCGUUGUAGUUGUUAAUAUAGUAUGUCUAUAACAUCUGUACAUUCACAAUGUACAAAAUAGAAUAUGCUGAAAAGAAGAGAAUACAGUAUGGAAUAAUAAAUGAGUAUGGGGUGUGUGAUUUCUCACAACAAAGAAAGCACACUGAAGGAGUUGUGUGCUGAAGUUGAAGUAUUUCAACAUCCACCCUAUUUCCUAACACUGUCUAGAUUCCAGUGAAAUAUGGAUACUCCUCGUCUUGACUCCUCGUCGCAAGAUCUUUCAAGGUUUAUAGAAUAUAACAAUCCAAUUGAUUUGUGUGAAUAAAUUAGCUCCACAAACCUUUCACUUUUGUCAAUAAUGUAAUGUUUUAGAGUGGUCUGAAGCUGUUUUUCUGUAUGCUUUAUAUGUGUGGGAAGGGCUAGGCUUCUAUCCAAAACAGUGUUUCUCAAAAAAGCCAAUUGGAAAGCUUGUUGGUAAGGUCACAGAAGAGUGUGUGAGAUUGUAUUGUCCACACUGUGAUACAAACUGUGAAAGCGCAAGGGGACAGCGAGGGAAACACACCAAGGAAAGAUUUUUGAUACAUGAAGUAAAUUCCCUAGAUCUGCCCUGAGGUCACUGAGCAAACCUCAUGUGAUCCCGGGUACAGUUUCCAACUUGUGAUCAGAUCUCAUCAAAACACUCCAGAAGAUGGACCAGGAAGACAAUCUCAUGGAUGGAGAAGGUCAUCAGGAAACUGGCAACCCAGUCAUAGGUGAAACAGAAGAUCCGAUUGGACUAGCACUCCUUUGGCUCCAUGACCGGGUUGCCAUGGCAAUGCUGCAGACACGUCAGAGGGUGUUACAGGCGGGGGUGAUGCUGAUUUUCGUGACUCUGCUACUGUGGAUCUCCAGUUUCCUCUACGGCACCUUUUACUAUUCCUACAUGCCUCUGGCCACCUACAGCACACCUGUGCACUACUUCCACAGGGUGGGCUGUGAAUCCUCUACCUCCGUCUGCUCCUUCCCCAUUGCCAACGUCUCUCUGCUGAGGCACGGCAAGCACCAGGUAAUGACAUAUGGCCUGCCCUAUCGGAUUUGUCUUGAGCUGCAGAUGCCAGAGUCACCAGCUAAUCAGGAGCUAGGCAUGUUUAUGGUUUCCAUGAACUGUUACUCCAGAGGCGGUCAGACUGUUAGCUCCUCGAUUCGCUCAACCAGCCAGUCCCGCUCUGCCUCCAGCUCUCGCUUUACCAUGCUGCAUUACCGGUCGGGCCUGCUGAGGAGUCUGGGAACCCUGCUCUUCCUGCCAGCGUACCUCAGCGGAGCAGCGGAGCAGAGGCAGCUGGUGGAGGUGGAGCUGUACUCAGACUAUGUCGAUAACUCUUGCUUCCCUUCUAUAGGGGCAGUCAUUGAGAUUCACUCCCACAGGGUGCAGAUCUACUCAGCCCACCUCUACAUACAUGCCCACUACACGGGCAUCAGAUACCUGUUAUUCAACUUUCCACUGGUGUCAGCGUUUGUGGGUGUGGCCAGCAACUUUGCCUUCCUCAGUAUCAUCCUGUUGUCUGGUUACCUGCGCAUGUUCUGGGGUCAGCUCUGGACACCCAAACAGGCAGGGUUUUGGGCUCACCUUCAACAGGGGUCUCCUGGACUCCAGUCACAAAGGAGACUAAGUGAAAAAACAGACCAUUCAGAAGAUGACCAGGAUAACAUUGCAGAAAUCUCAGCGGAUCCUCAGACCUAUGAAGAACCACAGAUUGAAUCCAGUCUGAAACGAGAGGACCAGUCCAGUCUCCACACAGCUGGGGGAGGCAUGGAGGUCAAACACAGAAGAAUCCAGAGUGACACCCUGGUAGAGACCAUUCUUGAAGGGGGGGCGAUGAGUAGGGGAAUGUCCACUGACUCAGACCUGGAGGGGGUUCCUGAUAGCACUCCUGCCACACACAUAGGAUCCUGUGUGAUCUCUUGAGGAGGGUCAGGCAUGCCCAGUGAAUGUUUGGGAUGCCCACCCAAAAUUGUUUCCAACUUCUGCAAAUAAUUAUCAAUGGUUCUUAAUGUGGAAGGUGCACAGUGGCGUCAAGGCCAGCAGGGGGUGCCAAAGUAUGUGAUGAGACCCACCACGUUUGUUGAUUUAAAACUAGAGAAGAAUUGUUGUCUUGUAUUGCCUAUGCUUAUCAUGCACAUGUACAAUUUAGGUGAAGCAAAGUAUGUUGCAAUAUUUUGAAUCAAAAGAACUUACAUUUCACAAGUAGAAUAAGGGUCACUAUCUGUCUAUCUGUGUGUCUGUCUGUCAGCCUAUCUAUCUCCAUAUAACUGUCUAUGUCUAUCUGUAUUUCUCCUCCCAAUGUCCAUAUAUUACUUGCAUAUCAUGAUCGUUCAUGUAUGUCUGCAAAUUAUCAUUGCUAAGGCCUACUGUAAAUUAUGUUACAUUUAAAAGUAUAUGUUGCCCUUCAAUGUAUGAAACAUUGCCAAAUGCCAAUUACCUUACAGACCACUUAGUCAUUUUAUGACCUUCAGCAGACAACUCUACAUUUAAAAAAAAAAGUUCAUUCAAAUGCAGAUUAUUUUCAUUAAAUGGAGAUAACAUAAAUCAACAUAGCAAAACUCGAUUUGGACGGCAUUAAUACAGAAAAUGCAAACAUUUUUGAGAUAGAGAGAGAGAUAGAGAGAGAAAGAGAUAUAGAGGGAGAGAGAGAGAGAGAGAGAGAGAGAGAGAGAGAG